GUAUACCUAUGCCGGUCCGGGUUCCGCAACUCACACCAUUACGAGCUCGGCGGUGCAUAAUUUUUCACGGAGCCUUCCGGAUUUUGUUUAUUGUUGACAAGCUUUGUGAGAGAAUUUAGACUUUCGCUUCUCGCCGUUACGCUCGUUGCUGCUGCAUGCAAAGAAAGGCAUUGUGCAGGACGUGACAAUGGCUAUCCUCAAGUUCUGCUGCUGCGCUUCCUCGCGCUCCGUCAGGACACCGUCAUUGCCGGAAUCAAACCCCCAGGAUGCAUCGUCUCGACGACAGCCUCCUCCUCGCGCGCCCGGGCCGCUGAGCAUGAAUCCGGUAGGGUCGGUCGCUGCUGCUGGAACGCGUCACAAUCCGCCCCAAGCCCCGUUGCAGCCGUCCAUCAGGCUCGUCACUGCCCAAAAUCAUGAUGAGCCGGUCCAGUCGAGACGGCUGUCCGCUGAAAAGACACAGAAUGAUGAAGAAAUCGAUGCUGGUGCGCAAAGCAGAGGCUCUGACAAGCUACAGCGCGUCAAAAAUCGAUCUCCCGGCGAGUUCUCUCAAGAGCUUACGCCUCGUCGAAAAGCAAUUUCUGCUGUGGAAAGCAGUCAGGUUGAGACUGAUAGGCAACCCGAGUUGAAGAGGCUCUUGAAGAAUUACCAUGGAGAGCUUGACGAUGAGGGACUCAAGGCUUCGUCAAAAGGCCCAUCGACUGGUCCUCGUCAGCCGCCCAGCUCUCUUGCUGUUCAACGUUUCCCUGGCGGCGGUUCUCAUGACAGUUCAGAGUUUUCCGUUGGUGAAAGUACCAAGCCUGAUAGGACGCUCGUGAGCGAUCCAAGACUACAUAAGGCACACCCAGAGCCUAAGUCAACGUCAGCCAGCAAUCUAUCAGAUACAGCAUACCGAGCAUCUCCCAAGCAUGGGCACAAGUCCGAAAACCAAAAGAACGCCCGGGAGCUAACAUGCAUCAUUGACGCACCAUCCUCAGAUGACCCAGGUUGCACACCUGAUAAGUUGAUAACAUCUUGGCGGCUCGCCUGCAGCACCGAGCGCCUGAAAGACACGCUCAGCUAUGCCAAAGAAGUCGACGGCCGCAGAGAUGAAGAUGCUGCUAGAGACCCAACCACUCGGCUCCUGCCAGAGAACUCAACCAUCGCCUCGGUCGGACUUGCAGCCGCAAUCACUCGAUUCCAGUCUCCGGGCAUUACAUCUGGCGAGCAGUCUCCAUAUAGUAUCUGGCUUCGGGCUCAAGAACUCCGACCUCAGGGUCCUUCCACCACAAGAACAUUGGACUCGGAUGACGCUGAGUUUCUUGAGGAUGCCGUUGUCCAAGAAGCCGAAGUCGUUUACAUAAGAAAGUGCAGUAUGCCUCGCAACAUUUCAGCGCCCGAAGUUGAUGGCCGGAAUGUCCCAGUCGUCCAUGUACAGCAUGUAGGCAUUCGCCGUCAGCUGGGUACGGACAGUUCUCUGCAGAGGGCUGAGCACUGUAAAAGUGCGAGCGAAGUCGAGCUCGACACAAAGCAGCGCGCCGGCGGCUCUGUCACUCGCAAACCAGUCGCUGCCGGUGUGAGAGCUGUAGCUACUCCUGAGCAAAUGCCACCAGGCUCGCGUAUGGAUACUUCAUCUGCGUACUUUUCGACGGCAGCGAGUGAGUAUCCGGCCUCGGACGUCUCGGGUGUCCGCCGCGGCUCUGUUGUCAACAAGGAACCGCCAUCCACCUUGUUUCUACCUUCUGAUGGCGGCUUUAAAUGGCCUCGGGAUUCACAACCCUAUUCCAUCGCCGGAGGAUCAGAGCCCAACUUGCGAGAUGCUCUUGGCCGGUAUCCCGUCAACAAGCCCGCCGCUGCGGACACCCGUGCUGGAACCCCAUGGCCCUCCUUCCACCACCCGAUGCCAGGCAUUCCCAAUAAGCCACAUGACAAGUCGCACCCGGACACAGUUGAGAAAAGCAUCGGCUACUUCCACCUGCAGCAUGGCACUCCCACGCUUGUCGUGCACGAUUUCUCCAAGGGACUCAAUCCCCGCCCUCCGCGGCCUGUUUCAGGCAAGCCCUCCGUGCUCGAGAGACUGCGCCUUUCCUUUCCUCAAAGGAUCAGGUCGCCACCACCACCGACCGGUCUGGACAGCGACGGCGACGGCACUGCCUUGGAAGCGGAAUCGGAAGUGUCACUGCCAGGCAGUACUAUCAGUGCUGCUUCAUACAGGAACAAACUGAGACGUGCUCGCCGCCUGGCAAGAGAAGAGAAAAGCCCUCCGCCGGCCUGGCCCCUUGGCGCGCCGUCACAGAUUGUUGACAAGGCGGGUGGGGUUGAGUUUCGAGGGCGGGUUUCGGAAAGGCAGAUUCGUGAUGGGGAUCUUGGUGAUUAUGGCCAGUCGAGCUCGUGUGGCACGCUGGGAACAACGGACUGCGGAGGUGGUAAAAGUACAACAACGACAGGUCAAGCCCACAGCACCCGCUCGGGGGUUUACAACAACAACGAGAGCUACAGCGGUCAAAGUCAAAGUCAAACCCCUUCCCAGCGGUCCUCGGGUCUGACUUCAUCCCUGCCUCGCCCGCGCCCCCGGCAGUCGGGCUAUCCGCCGUCCUCGGUCCGUGAUGGAACAACUGAGCAGCAGCACAAGAACUGGAAGCGAGUUGUUGGGGUUCAAGUUGGAUCUCCCCGCAAGAGUUCGGCUACCGGUGCCAGUACCCAGCCGACGACUAAUCCCACUACUACUACUAUGGCUGCACCUGCACCUGGAGCUGGAGUCGGAACGGUUGCACCUAGCCAGGGUGGCGGACGCGAGUCCGGAGACAAUAAUUCGAAGCAGAAACGGCUCCCGCGUGCGCGUGCCUACGAUUUGAAGCAGAAGCAGGUUAGCGGUAGCCCAGCUAAGGCCAAGGCCAAGGGUUUCGAAGAUGAAGAUGCAAAGCUCCAACAGGAGUAGAACCAGCUCCUCUUCUGUCUUCUGUUUCUUGCGUCUUUUUCUCUCAAGAUGACGUCUUCUCGCGUUUCUUCAACCCACCACCUUGAUUCCGCUACUACUCACUGCACCUGUACCUGCAUCUGGGGCUGCACCUGGAGAUGGAACGGUUGCAGCUGGCAAGCUUGACGGACCUCCUCCUGCAUCUAGAGACAAACAACUUGAAACAGCAACGGCUCCCCGCGUGCGCGUGCGCGUGCCUGUGCCUAUAACUCAAAGCAGGUUCAAAGCCC